AUGAGUGCGGCAACCCCACGGAAAAAGUUCACGCAGCGCAACGUGUUCUACCUGCGCGCGUCGCCGUACGUGGUGCUGCAGACGAUCCUGUACCUCGACUACCGGCACGUGGCGUGGAUGAACGAGCAUCCCGACAUCCUCACGCAGGUGCUCUCGAUCCUGCGCACGCGCAUCAUGCCGAAGCUGCGCAAGGAGUCCGACGCCUCCGGCAAGCUGUCGGCGAUGAGCAAGAAGGAGCGCGUCGAUGUCUAUUCGGACCGCGACUUUCAGGUGGCCUACUUUUUCCGCCGCAUGGACGACCGCCACUCGGUGCUGCUCAAGGAAAAGAGCCUCGUGUUCCCCGCAGACCCCACGCUUGCAGAGGUCAAGGUUGAGGAUGAGGCCAACACCAACCUGCAUGCGCCCAUCCCGAGGGCGUCCGCAACUCCGGCGCCCGCAGCCGCUAUGACCCCAGCGGUAGGGAGUUCGAGCGAGUCGGCUUUGCAGAUCAAGGACUCGCCCGAGCCGGAAGCAUUGCCGUCUUCGCCCAACGCUAGUAUGGCUUCGUUAUCGGGCGCGGAUGACCACGCUCUUUUCAGGGGCCUCGGAGAAGACGACGACGACAGCCUUGCCAUGCCCCCACCUGCAUCCACCCGACGGCGGCGCGGCACAGACGAUGCGGACAACACCACUGCACCGCGACGCUCGAAGCGCGUGCGCAUCCAAGAAGACAUCAAGCCCGAUCCGGCCACCGAUGCCACCGACGACCCGCCUGCUGAAGAUCUUCCGCCGGCAAACGACUACGACGACUACAACGCCGACAAUGCUGCGAUCGUAAUCACCGAGGAGGACGAGGAAAAGAUGAAGCCCAAGCUGCACGUUCGCUAUGCCGGAUUCCGAAUAUUCGGCAAGCUGUUGGUACUGGUGGUGGAACCGUCGAAGCGGACGUUGGCGGCGCAUCCGGAGCUGUUUGGCGACAAACCCGCCACCGAGGUACGCCAGCUGUCCGUUGCGCGCGUGUCCGCCACACCUGGCGCAAGCAGCCGGGGCGAGGUUCAGGCGCAGUUUACAUCGCUCGGACCGGCGGAGCGCUCCAGUCGCAACGCCAGCGUGGGCCGCGGCGCCACCCCGCUGUUCCGAGGCGGCUCGGCGUUUAGUGAUGCCGGCACGCCCGGUCCUGCGACCACAUCCGACACGCCCGCACCCGAAGAAGCGCAAACGGAGCAAGACGAGGAUGUGGCAGAGCUCGAAGGGAUCGAGCUGGCGACGCAGAUGCUUGCGCGCGAAGAGCAGACGAUCGGCGGUAAUGACCUCGACGAUGGCGACUAG